AUCGACGGAGACUGACAAGAUUACUUCAACGGCCGACAAGUCCAACGACCUAGCUUACAGGGAUUGCUCACGCAUCUGCACGCACAACGUCAUCUGUCGUGGACCCUGCCUGGCCUCGCAAUUCCAUUGGGGCGCCUCAUUGGCUAGGGCAAUGAAUGCCUAUCGAAAUCACCAAAUCGAGGCUGGGACGGUAUAAGACAUUGCCUACAUCACAACCCAGCAAUGGAGAGUCAUCAUCGUGUGUCUUAACAAUAGGAAGAAUGUAGAUUUAAAAGAUGAGUUGGCCAUGAAAUUAGUGGGCGUAUACCAUGGCAGCCGCAUUUCAGGCUUUGAGUGAGGAGGUUUCACUUGGGAGCUUAUUCACCAUCGAUCGUGUGGAUGCUGUCGCGUGCAAUCUGCACUUCUCGCUUUAGCUAAUGUGACAUCGACAAUGAUCAUAUGGAGCUAUCCUCUCCCAGAACCUUCUA